GGUAAUGGCAGCGCUGUGAGGACGGAGCGGGGCAGGGAGCGAGGGAGGCCGGCGGGUGGGCGUCGCUGACUCGGGCCCCUCACCGCCAGAUUAACACUAAAGCCCCACAAUGUCCUUGAAACCACGAGUAGUUGACUUUGAUGAAACAUGGAACAAACUUCUAACAACGAUUAAAGCUGUUGUUAUGUUGGAUUAUGUUGAAAGAGCAACCUGGAAUGAUCGCUUCUCAGACAUUUAUGCUUUGUGUGUGGCCUAUCCUGAACCUCUUGGAGAGAGACUUUAUACUGAGACUAAAAUUUUUUUGGAAAAUCACGUACGUCAUUUGCACAAGAGAGUUCUGGAAGCUGAAGAACAAGUACUGAUUAUGUAUCACAGAUACUGGGAAGAGUACAGCAAAGGGGCAGACUAUAUGGACUGUUUAUACAGGUACCUCAACACACAGUUUAUUAAGAAGAACAAAUUGACUGAAGCUGAUCUUCAGUAUGGUUAUGGAGGAGUGGAUAUGAAUGAACCAUUGAUGGAAAUAGGAGAGCUAGCUCUUGAUAUGUGGAGAAAAUUAAUGAUUGAGCCACUACAGGCCAUCCUUAUUCGGAUGCUCCUCCGAGAAAUAAAAAACCCAAGCACUCCUCCAACAAGGCAAGCUGAAUAUCAACUUAGGCAUUUUUGUUUCAACACUACAGGAAGCCGUCAAGAUCUCGAAUUUGAUCGCUGUGGAGAAGACCCAAACCAGAAAGUAAUCCAUGGGGUUAUUAACUCCUUUGUUCAUGUUGAACAGUAUAAGAAAAAGUUCCCCCUAAAGUUUUAUCAGGAAAUUUUUGAGUGUCCUUUUCUGAAUGAAACAGGGGAGUAUUAUAAACAAGAAGCAUCAAAUUUAUUGCAAGAGUCAAAUUGCUCACAGUACAUGGAGAAGGUUUUAGGUAGAUUAAAAGAUGAAGAAAUGCGGUGUCGGAAAUACUUGCAUCCCAGCUCAUAUGUCAAAGUGAUUCAUGAAUGCCAACAGAGGAUGGUGGCUGAUCACUUGCAGUUUCUACAUGCAGAAUGUCACAAUAUUAUCAGACAAGAGAAAAGAAGUGACAUGGCAAAUAUGUAUACUCUACUUCGUGCUGUGUCAAGUGGUUUACCUCAUAUGAUUCAGGAACUACAAAACCAUAUCCAUGAUGAGGGCCUUAGAGCAACCAGCAAUCUUUCUCAGGAAAAUAUGCCAACUCAGUUUGUGGAGUCAGUUUUGGAAGUACAUAGUAAAUUUGUUCAACUCAUCAACACUGUUUUGAAUGGUGAUCAACACUUUAUGAGUGCCCUUGACAAGGCAUUGACAUCAGUAGUUAACUAUAGGGAGCCCAAGUCAAUCUGCAAAGCACCUGAGUUGCUGGCCAAGUACUGUGACAACUUGUUGAAGAAAUCAGCAAAAGGAAUGACUGAAAAUGAAGUAGAAGACAAACUCACAAGUUUCAUUACUGUUUUCAAAUACAUUGAUGACAAAGAUGUAUUCCAAAAGUUCUAUGCCAGAAUGUUGGCAAAAAGAUUAAUUCAUGGUUUGUCUAUGUCUAUGGAUUCCGAAGAAGCCAUGAUUAAUAAACUAAAGCAAGCCUGUGGUUACGAAUUUACCAGCAAGCUCCAUCGAAUGUAUACGGACAUGAGUGUUAGUGCUGAUCUCAAUAAUAAAUUCAACAACUUUAUCAAAAACCAGGACACAAUUAUAGAUUUGGGAAUUAGUUUUCAGAUAUACGUUCUACAGGCUGGUGCAUGGCCUCUAACUCAGGCUCCUUCCUCUACAUUUGCAAUUCCUCAGGAACUGGAAAAAAGUGUACAGAUGUUUGAAUUAUUUUACAGUCAGCAUUUUAGUGGGAGGAAGCUAACGUGGUUACAUUAUCUUUGUACAGGUGAAGUUAAAAUGAAUUAUUUGUGCAAACCUUAUGUAGCCAUGGUCACAACAUACCAAAUGGCAGUGUUGCUUGCCUUCAACAACAGUGAAACUGUCAGUUACAAGGAGCUUCAGGAUAGUACACAAAUGAAUGACAAGGAACUGACAAAAACCAUCAAAUCCUUACUUGAUGUCAAAAUGAUCAAUCAUGACUCAGAUAAGGAGGAUAUAGAGGCCGAGUCUACUUUUUCAUUAAAUAUGAACUUCAGCAGUAAACGAACGAAAUUUAAAAUUACUACAUCAAUGCAGAAAGACACGCCACAGGAGAUGGAGCAGACCAGAAGUGCUGUAGAUGAAGACAGAAAAAUGUAUCUUCAAGCUGCUAUAGUCCGUAUCAUGAAAGCACGUAAAGUGUUGCGACAUAAUGCUCUUAUUCAGGAGGUAAUUAGCCAAUCAAGAGCUAGGUUUAACCCAAGUAUCAGCAUGAUUAAGAAGUGUAUUGAAGUUCUGAUUGACAAACAGUACAUAGAGCGAAGCCAGGCCUCUGCAGAUGAAUACAGUUAUGUAGCAUGAUGUUGCUAUCCUGCAGGUAUGAUUGUAAGGAGAUCAUUGCUGUCACUGUUUGGUGUGUUCCUGUGGGAAGAGGCAGGCCUGUGCCUCCAUAAUUGGUCACUUGGCAGCCCCUGUUUUUCUGCUGUUUACAACAUCACCAGUGCCAUGUCAUGAGCGUCAAUGAAAAUGCCUAUAGAUAUUUCAAGCUCAUGUCAUUAUGACAUUUCUUAAAACUUUACUAAAAGAAUGAGUGAAGUAUUGCUGAAAUGUGGAAAAUUGGUUGGGUACCAUGCUUUUAUUUUCCCUUCCCUUUCACGUUUGCAGUUGAUGUUUUUUAAUGUAUCUUAAGACAAGGUAAAAAAACAACAAAACCUAAAUAUUGUAAUAUGACAGAUAACCUAAUAAUUGUAUCUACAUUAAAAUGUAAAAAAAAAAAAAUGAUGAACAUGAUACUGCUGCUUGUCAAAUAAAAAAAUAAAGUUA